AUGCUUAGGUUUUUCUUCCCAGGGCAGCACUUCUUACAGCAAGUGGAAUCUGCAGCUCUGCACGUCACAACCAGCCUCCCUCGUGAGUUAGCCAAUUUGCAGGACAGUGUUUGGCUUAGGGUGGACGAUCCAGGCGAUCCAUUUUGGCAGAGGCGUGGCAUAAACGGGCUUGAGGAAGGAGGAGGCAGCAAGACACACCCGUGCACAUGUAGCUGUGUGACUCGCUCCCUAUUUGAGCUUUGGGAAGUUAACAACCAGGCUGAGAAUCCCAAGGUUCUCCAGAUCUUUGACUCCAACUCCCAUUGGCCAUGCAGCCUGGGCGGGGUCAAUGGGAGUUGGAGUCCAUCUGCAGUUGGAGGGCACCUCUUUUCCACCUGUGGUUUACAGAAGCCGUAG